AUGUCGCAGCCAUGGCAGCUGGGACCUCCGGACUACCAGAACCUCACGAACUUCUUCCCCCUCUACUUCGGUGCCACGGAUGGGGGCGUCAUGGCCCGGGAAGAGGCGCAAGAGGCGCUGCAAUGGACCAUGGCCUUUGUCUACGCCAGCUGCAACCCCGCGCUGCCAGAGAUAGGCCUGGCGCUGCAGAGCCGAAAGCCCCGCUUCAGCCUGGAACAGCUGCGAUCCGUGCGGGGAAAGGAGGACAUGGGAAAGCGCCUGCUGGGUCAGCCGGACAAGUUCUUGGCAGAGUUGGGCCUUGGCUUUGACCUCGCCCACCUGGUCUUCCAGCGCCAGCGCGGGCUUGCGGGCGGCGCUUUUGAGGGGUUCCGGCCAAUUGACGUGGAGGUGGUGGCCCCGGAGCUCGAGCAGCCGGUGCAGGCCAUCCGCUCGGAGCUCAUCGACCGCUACGUGGGGCUCAAAGGCAGCGUGGUGCGCGCAGCCAACAUCGCCCCCCUGAUCACAGAGCUGAGCUUCACCUGCUCCCGGUGCUCCUCAGAGGUCACGGUGAAGGCGGCGGAGGGGCGCUUCGAGUACCCCGCCGGCUGCCCCAAGAAGUGCCGCUUCGCGCGCUUCGCCGUGAACCGGGACAAGUGCCAGGCCAUUGACUGGCAGCGGAUUCGCCUGCAGGAGGAUUUCUCGGAGCUCGCGGGCGGUGCCACCGCCGGGGCGCGGCGGGUGCCGCGCACCGUGGACUGCGACCUGAAGCGGUCCCUGGUUGGCGCAUGCGUGCCGGGCGAUGCGGUCACGGUGUACGGGGUGAUCCGGUGCAUGCCCACGAGCGGGGGGAUGUCUGCCGGGGAGCGGCAGGCGCCCAGCAGGUCUUUGUAUAUCCUCUUUCUGGAGGUGAAGGCAGUGGUGAACAACCGCGAGACCUCUCUCCAAGGCAACGAGGAGGAUUUCUCGCAACUGCAGCUGUCCUUUGUCCGAGAGAUCUACAAAGAGGGCGAGAAACUGCCGGUCUUGGUGGCCUCCUUCUGCCAGCACAUCUAUGGCCAACACCUGGUGAAGGCGGCGCUAUUGCUGGCGGUCCUUGGAGGACAGCCCAUCCACUCGGAGGGCGCCGAGCGAAAGCUGCGGCGCCGGGGGGACGUGCACGUGCUGCUGCUGGGGGAUCCGGGCCUGGGCAAGAGCGAGCUGCUGCGGGCAUUGGCGCGCCUGAGCCCGCGAGGCGUCUACGUGUCGGGGAACUCCUCCUCCACGGCGGGGCUUACGGCCUCGGUGGUGCGGGACCCCUCGGGGGAGUUCGCCUUGGAAGCUGGGGCCCUGAUCCUGGCAGACAACGGCCUGUGCUGCGUGGACGAGUUCGACAAGAUGGGCUCGGAUCAACAGAGUCUGCUGGAGGCCAUGGAGCAGCAGACGGUGUCCAUUGCCAAGGCGGGCAUCGUGUGCACGCUUCCGGCGCGCACCACGGUGGUCACGGCGGCGAAUCCCGCGAAGGGGAGUUGGGACAUGAGCCUCACGCUGGCGCAGAACCUGAAAGGCGUGAUGUCCGAAGCCUUGCUGAGCCGCUUCGACGUGAUUUUCCUGAUGCGGAGCGAGGAGGAUGCCAACCAGAACUCGGCCAUGAGUCGGCAUAUCAUCAACCAGCGCAUGCACAACACCGCACGCCCGGAGGGAGAGGUCCCGAACGUGGGAGAAGACUGGGCGAACACCGCAGAUCUGGAGUCUUGCAGGGACGGCUUGAAGAGCAGGUUGCUCAAGGCGCCGGGCGAGGCUUUGCCUUUGGAGCUGCUGCAGACCUACCUGCGCUACGCCAAGCGCUACGCGCAGCCGAGCCUCAGCCCCCAGGCCAAGCGGAGGAUCAAGGACUUCUACCUGGAGCGCCGCAAGACGGCAGCAGGAUCGGCCAUGCCGGUGACGCCGCGGCAGCUGGAGGCCUUGGUGCGGCUCAGCGAGGCGCGGGCCAAGGCGGAGCUGCGGCGCCAGGUGACGGUGGAGGACGUGGAGGACGUGCUGGAGUUGCUGCGAAACGGCUUCGACUUCCAGGAGGAAUUCCUGACUGUGCCGGUGCGCAAGGGCAAGACCAAGGCCAACUUCUUGGUGGACCGCCUGCAGCAGUUCAUGGACCGCCGCGUGCGCGCGCGGCCCCAGGACCCGAGCGCGCGGGUCUUCCGAGAGCAGGAGCUGAGGCAGGCGGCGGGGCCGCAGGUGGAGGUCAAGGACUGGGACAAGGCCAUGAAGCUUCUGAACGAGCCUGGGACCUUGACACUUGCCGGGGGUGGCAAGUAUACCUACAAUCCGGGGAUUUGA